ACUGACAUCUUCGCCACAAUAUUUACCAAUAUGGAUAUGACACUGGACCUCCUAGGAGAAUAUGCCUCACCGCAACCCAAUGUAGCCAUUCUAAUGGUGGGCUUACCAGAGUCCGGUAAAACCACCCUGCUUAACAAGCUAAUAUCAAAUGAUUGUGAUGUCACUACUAUACCACCCACUAAUGGAUUCAAAAGAGAAACAAUAAAAUUUGAAGAAAAAUAUUAUAUAUUUUGGGAUAUUGGUGGCUUUGAAUCUCUUCGUUUUCUAUGGGAAUACUAUAUACCAAAUAAAGAUGCAGUAGUUUUUGUUGUCGAUGCUUCAAAUUUAGAGGUUUUUGCAAUGGCUAAAGAAUUUUUACAUAUAAUUAUGAGCCAUGAUAAUUUAAAUGGAGUACAGUUGUUGGUGGUGUUCAAUAAACAGGAUAAGACAAAUUGUGCAACUGAUGAAGAUUUGGAACAGCAAUUGGACUUGAAAAGUUUAAAACAGUCAUAUCGCAUUGUACGUAGUAGUGCCUUUGAUCGUGAGAGUCUUAAAAAUAUUAUGGUGCAUUUAAGAGAUAUGAAUUUAUUUUAA